AUGACUACUCCAUUCUCAUCGUCCUUCGCUUCUGCCGCUGCGGGCAGCAACGGCGCUGGCAACAGAAGAGAGGGUAACGGUACUAGCGACUGGGCCCGAAGCCGUCCGAACGGUGCUACACAGACCUUCCGCCGGCCUUCCGCCAACACGACCGCCCAGACACGCGACAUGACCCCCCAAAACCCUUCAUCCGUACAAAGCCCAGGCGCCUACAUCCCGCCCCACCUCAACUCCAAUCAUCCUUCCAAUAUCGCGAAAAAUGGCGUCAACGGGCCUACGCGGUAUGGCAAGGAGCAGAUGCUGGCCAUGUACCAGUCGCAGAGGGAUGCUGGCGGCAUGUCCAGACGUCUACCUCAGCUGCUGGAUGAGAACUGGCUUCAAGAGACUCAGGGAAAUGGGCCUGUACCGCCAACACCGCGUGGAGAGUCUGCAGAGCAAUACCCUGGACCCGCUGUCUGCUGGAGGGAUGAGCCAAAUCCACUGCCGCUGGGCCUGCAAGAGAUGGACGAGGAGGAGAGACAGCUCUUCACAUCCUCUGUCAACUCGCCUAUAAAGGUGUCCACGGCGCCCAAGGAAGGAGCUGGCAUAGCUCCUAUUGGGACGCGCAAGACCUCGAUAUCCAAUUAUCCUGGAGGCGUCGGGUCUCGACCAGGAACUCGGCGUAGAGACACCAGCGACUCCUUCACUGCCAACGGGCCACUAUCGCCAACCGAGAACAAGACAUUCUUCCGUGGCGAGUCCAGUGCGGCCACUCCGCCACCAGCAUUGAUUCGCCGACGUACAGAUUUCAAGGAUGACCCCCAAAGUACCGCCCAGAAAGACCUGCCACCGCCAAAAGACGAGGAAGAGCCUCAAGCCCCCAUUGGUUCUCUGAGACGAGCGAACGGACCCUUGAAUGCAGGUCUGAACCCGCCGUCAGCUUCGCCGUGGUCGGCCGGGCCAGGUUCAUCCGCCUUUGGAUCCAUGGGCACCUUCGGAAGCUUCACUGCUUCCGCAGCUCCGCAGACGCAAGACAAGUCCGACCAGCGUCCGGGCUUCGGCAGCGUCCGUAGUGGGAGUCGUUUCAAGGAUCUGAUGGCAAAGUCCAGCACCGAAGACAUUCCAAAUGCCAACAAGGACAGGUCUGCUUUCGGCGCCCUUUCUCAGCUCGCCGAAGAGGACUCGGCAGGCACAGCACGUGAGGCUCUCAAGACUCGGCCAAAUCGUAGCGAGACCAAUCCAUUCGAGGAGGCACCAAACAGGUCAGGUAGUGCUGCAUUGAGCGCUCAAGAUACCGCGAAUUCUAUUGAUCAGUCCAACUUUGGCUCAAUUGGCAGGUCUCAAGCUGGGCUCAAUGAAGCCAGCCCGGCGAACACAAAUCCCUAUCAGAGUACCGACGGUGCUCGAGAUGAUGGACUGGACGCAACCGAUUCUCAAGCUCCGUUCAGUGCUACAAGACGCGCUCUGUUUAGCGACGAUGGCGCUCCUCGCUCGGCGUCCGGCUUCCCCACCUACUCCACUUUCGCGAAUUCUCCUGCGGCAGCUGCUUGGGGACCAAAUCCUGGGUUUUCCUCCGGCACGCCUGGCCGAGAACGCACUUUGGGCUUCAACGAUUCCAUUUUCAGUCCCAUCUCCGCUGAUUUACAAUCUCCCACAGCUGGGAUAGGGUCUGCUGGCUUCGGCGCAUUCGGCUCGAUUGGUCGAAACAACAGGCUCGGUGGAAUGCUGCCCAACGGCAUGGACGACGCAGGGCGAAGUGAUGCACGCAACAGAGGCCGAUUGUUCGGUGGAGCCGAGGGUGUGUCGCAGCGCGGCGAUCCUUUCGAUCCCGGAUUUGGGAGAGCCAGUGCUGCGUUCGACGACGCGGCCUUUGCUCGCCGUGACAACGAUCCUGCAUCUUUCAACCCGCUUUUCCCUUCUGUCGGCGAAAAUACCGCUGGCCCGUCUGGAGCCCGAGAAUCUCCCCCCAACGAUGGAAGGCCAACGCCCGGUUCCAGUAAUGAUAUGCCAGCAGUUCAGCAACUCAAGAUGGUCUUGCCUGACAGGAUGCGGUGGGUUUAUUGUGACCCACAAGGCGAGCAGCAAGGCCCUUGGUCUGGUCUGGAGAUGCACGACUGGUUCAAGGCUGGAUUCUUCAAGGCUGAACUACUCGUCAAGAAGUUGGAGGACAAGAACUUCAUACCCCUCGCGCAGCUGGUUCGCCAGAUUGGCAAUUCUCGCGAGCCUUUCUUGGUCCCGCAGAUAGGAAUUGCACACGGGGAGGAACCUGGCGAAACGAAUGCAUGGCCAAAUGCGGCCACUCCGACAGCAGCGAACCAUUCUCAGACACCAUUUUCGAAUAACAAUAACUUUCCGAGCUUCGGCACGACUCUGACUGCAGACCAGCAGAAUGCGCUCGAGCGUCGCAAGCAGGAAGAGCAGUAUAUGAUGGCACAACAAAAGGAGCAUCUCGCCAAUCGCAUGGCGAGGCAGCAAGGACCAGGUCAACCACAUAACAUGCACCCGUUACAGCACCAAGCAAGUGCACACUCUUUGCACACUCAGCCAUCGUACGGGAGUAUUACUUCGCCCAGCACUGGCUACCAUCCGAUGCCUUUGCCACCGGGAGCAGGCCCUUCCAUGGGCGCACAUGCACCAAUCGGGCAGCAACCACCACAAUUUGGUCAAGAGGGCCAACUGCCUGGUCUGAUGGAUCGACUCAGCUUCAAUCAGCGUGGCCCUCCCGGAGCGCCUGGUGAUAUUCAGCAGUAUCAGCAGGUCCAUGCUGACCGUCAACGACUGACUCGCCAACCUCUCGACAACCGUGCUCACGAGGAGGCUUUUUUAGGCGAGCAGGGCAGGAAUGGCCGCCUCGAGGAGUUCCAGGAGCUUCGAGGGACAGGUCGUUCCGGCCUGAUAGCAUCCUUCCUCCCAUCGGUGCGCAACGCACGACCUAUGAACAAAGCUACUCUGCCGCAGUCAUCGCAGCCAUCACUUACCGAGCAGGUUCAGUGGACAACUGCACACCAACUGGAGCAGCCAAUCCAGGCACCGCCUCUGUCCAUUUCACCGCUGCCGGCUCCUGCAGCUCAGCGCAAUCGACAGCAUGUUGCAGAGUCAUUGGUCCCGGAACCGCGCUCCCAAACUCAGACUCCGAUUGAAACGCCGGCAAGUUCUGUGGCACCUUGGGCAGACCGCACGACUGAGGCACCGAGAGGACCUUCCCUGCGCGAGAUCCAGGAAGCCGAGGCCAAGAAGGCAGCAGAGCAGGCUGCAAUUCUGGAUGCUGCCCGUCGUGCGCAGGCUGAGCAAGAACGUAUGGCCGAGGCAGCUGUGGUUUCACCCGCUCCAGGUCUUCCUUCUUCUGCCACUUGGGCGACUUCUUCUUCGCCCAGCACGCCUACGACUACUGGCGCAGGAUCAGUAUGGGCGAAAGCACCUGUCAAAGCAGGGCCUACGUCUACUGCCCCGGCUAAGAAGACACUCGCACAGAUCCAGAAGGAGGAGGAAGCACGGAAGCAGCGCCAGGCCGCCGCCGCAGCGGCACAAGCACAAGCCCAGAAUACCAGUUCACCCGUGUCAGCUGUGCUUGGGAAGAAGUACUCCGAAUUGGCAAGUAAAGCUGCCCCAGCUACUCCUGCUACUGCCACUGCCAACAGCGCCUGGACCACAGUUGGAUCUGGUGGUGGUAAGGCCAAGGCUCCUCCGACCAUACUUGCGACACCGCAGUCCGUGCCACGUACUGUUAGCAGCUCUUCCGUGAGCACGACUAAGUCUAGGCCUGCGUUGCCUGCAACCAGAGGCUCGACUCUGGGCGAGAAGACCAAGGCUCAUGAAGAGUUCGUGAGAUGGCUGAAGACACAGCUUGGCAAGGGCUUGAAUGGCGGCAUCAAUGUUGAGAGCUUUGUUCAAGACCUCCUCAUGCUCCCGCCAGAGAUCGAGAUCAUCGCCGACAGCGUCUACGCCAACUCCCAGACCCUCGACGGACGACGCAUCGCCGAAGAAUUUGUCCGCCGACGCAAGAACGCUGACAAGGGCAUCGUCGAGCCUAUCGGCCCGCAAAUCGGCUUGAAUGGCAGCGCUGACGCGAAAAGUGCGGGCGGUGCUGGAUGGAGCGAGGUCGCGAAGAAGGGGCCUGAGAAGGCUGCUCAGGACGUGGGUGGUGCGCAAUUCAAGGUUGUGCCGAGCAAGAAGAAGGGUGGUGCUGGUGGGAAGCGCUAG